ACAUUUUUAGUAAGAAGUUUUAGUAAAAGUGAAAGUGAGCACGAUGAACCUUCCCCGCUGUAUGACAACAACCAUUACCACGAGGAAUGUCUGCGUUGCAACUCCUGUGGAUUGAACCUCACUGGACCCAAUCAGAAACGUGCGAGGCGUUUCAAGAAUCAUAUACUCUGCGAUCUACACUUCGCAGACGUAGCGCUGAUGGAGUGUAGCGACUUUAUGCAACAGCUUCGCAGCUUCAAACCCCAGUCGCUGGGCUGUGCAGUCGCCAGGCGGAAGUCAUCGACCACAUUAAUAUUCCCUCUACCACCGCAAGCGUGCUCAGAUGAAUUCUGUGAAGAAUAUCCACAUAACUUGAUACCAACGCCUGGCUACUGGAUCGAGUGCUCAAGACAGAAGAUCGCGACAGACACAAUAUGGGACGAAUCCGAAUCGGAACAUGACAGUGGACCAGACAGAGAAAAUGAUAAUGACCGUUACCAUAGAUCCGGUUCCCUUGACGAAGCGGCGGAAGACAGCAGUGACAAUGGCGGAAGUACGCCCAAAAAGAAAACCGCGAUUGAGGAACAAUGGGAGAGGUCGGGAGGCUUCGAACUGACCUCCGUGGAACAGGAGACAUAUGAAAAGUACUUUUAUGGAACUGAACAUUGGAACUACUUCACAAAUGAUGAAGAUCUUGGACCUGUGAUAUUGUCUAUUAAGCAAGAAACUCUGAACAACAGGGACCAGUUUAGGAUUUUAGUUCGAGCAAUAAGUUACACAGUGCAUGGUUUGAUCCCGGCAUCAUGUGUGUUCGCGGACCGGUACAAUCGUGAAGAAGUCGUGAGGUCUCUGGGAAAGGAGGUUAAUAUAAACCCACCACUUAUGCUGGGACAGCUGCCCGACACACCUGAGGAAUUAUUGAAACUCGAUCAGGUAUUCAUCAAGUCGGAGCUAAAAGUCGGAGUUAUUUACGUCAAAGAGAACCAGUACACUGAAGAGGAAAUAUUGGAUAAUAAUGAAAAUUCGCCGCUCUUCGAGGAAUUCCUACAAGUGCUUGGUGAAAAAGUACGAUUAAAAGGUUUUGACAGAUAUAAAGGUGGUUUGGACACUGUACACGAUUUGACCGGACUAUAUUCAGUGUACACUAACUGGCGAAGCAUAGAAAUAAUGUUUCACGUGUCAACACUGUUACCGUAUGAGAGACACGAUCCUCAAAAGUUACAAAGAAAACGCCAUAUUGGGAACGAUAUUGUGUGCGUCGUGUUCCUCGAAGCUGACAACACUGCGUUCUCACCCGCUUGUAUCAAAAGUCAUUUUCUGCAUACAUUUAUUUUAGUGAGAGUGGCAACAAAAUCGAAAAAGCGACCAACAAGAUAUGAAGUUUCCGUCGUAACUCGUGAUGAAGUGGGUGCCUAUAAGCCUUACUUGUGGGAGCAGAGCGUCUUCGACAAAGGAGCUAUGUUCAGGGAGUGGCUAUUGACGAAAAUCGUGAACGGUGAACGAGCUUCCUACUCUGCUCCGAAGUUCGCGAGGAUGCAGGAACGCACGCGCAGCCAAAUGUUGGAAGACAUUGUUGCUAAUCUUCAGAACCACGCCGAGACCGGACAAAUACCUAAACCUUAUAGACGUGGAUCAUGGCGUCCAAUAGGCCACAUGCGGCCUUCGUCGCCAUUACUGGAUUCCGUACGUGAUCAGUUUGAAGACUACGAUCAGUUGGCUAAAGAUUUCACUAGAGUUUUUCUUAAUAAUGAACUGAAUACAGCACAGAACGCACAAUUGUUUGACGUUGUGUUCCUCGUGGGACAGUCGAAGCAGAAGACGCGGUUUAUUGGUGUAAGGGCUAUUCUUGGAGUCAGGAGUCGAGUGUUCCAAGAAAUGUUGUACGGCAUCCAAACUGGUUUCGGGUCCCCUCAAGUUCCUGUGGCGGAGCUCUUGGCCCGACCCGCGCCAACCCUACUCUCCCCUACGCCGGCUAAACAGAAAAGCAGCAACUUUUUACAAGUACCAGACAUUGAGUCACCCAGACCGAAAAGUGUCCCAAGUUCUCCGAUGGUAAAGCGCGCAUUUUCCCGCCUCGGGACCAUCACAGCAGGUUGGGGCAGAUCCAUCAGAAAACAACAUUCCCAACUUAACGCAGACGAUAAGAAGAAAUGGGCCAGUUCGCAAGAUUGUUCCAAUAAAGAGAAUAAAGAAAAGGAGAAAGAGAAGAACGCCGCUUUAGCCGUGCCAAGGUUGUCAGUAUGCGCAGAUGCGCAAAAAGUGGAUCGUGCCAAAUUAGCUCAGACUGAGUUCUCCAUAAUAGAAUUCGACCCUGAAACAUUUCGUAUCCUCUUGGACUACUUACACACGGGCAGCUGUCCUCUCACAUGCGCGUCCAUUCCGGGACUCAUAUGUGCAGCUGAGCAUUACGACUUACCAGAACUGCUGCAGGCCUGCUUCCAUCACGCCAAACAGUUUCUGAGGAUAGAAGUGGUGUGCACAAUGCUCAUAUCUCUAGAAAAUUACUACUGGAGAUACACAUCCGCCUCAGAACUAGUAAACAUGAUACUUGCAUUCAUAGAACAACGCGCCUACGCCUUAUUCCAGACACCGGAGUUCCUAAACCUCUCAGAAUCAAUGGUCCAAAUGAUUAUGUGCAGAAAUCUCGAAGUGCCCGAGGUCCGCAAAUUUGAGGCCAUGCUCAGUUGGGCGAGAAACAAAAUCAAAGCGAAAUCUGCCAACAAGACUGACGCCAAAAAUGAAUUCAAAUGCAUCAUGGAGCGGUUAGCGAGGGAUCUGAAGCUGUACAGAAUAUCACCACAAGAGUUGAUCAAAGUGGUGCUUCCUUCAAAAGCUAUCAAGAACGAGAGAAUCCUGGAGACCCUUAUGUACCAAGCUAAUUCCGGGAUGUAUAGGAUCCAAGAGGAUUAUAUCGAGGCCUGCCAACAACGUAUUCAGAAGCAAGACUCUAGAUUUUCCGAAUUCGAGAGUUUUGACUACGGCAUAUAAUGGGAGCUGUGAGGAUUAUCAGUGUAUUAGAAUAGGCACUGUCCUGCAAGAAAACUUUCGGUAAAUUUUAGUAUGGCAUAGGUCAUAAAACAAUCUUUGUAGCGUCGUUCUAUAUAGAGUCUAAACAUCCAACGUAUCUGUUAAGAGUCUGUUAACUCCAACUCAAAACUGCAUAUUAAUGUACGAGUCCGAGUGAUGAAAACGUCGAAAUUUUUCUAUCAGGCCAGUUUGGAUCGGGUUCCUCUUCCUGGAAUGUUAAGGCCUUCUAAAAGUAUUAUUGUUGUAGAUGUACUUUGUAGAAGUUCGAGAAAUAUUUGUACACUUCUCGAAUACCUAACCCUUGUUGUUGUUCAUUGAUACCUAUAUAUUUUAUACAUUGCUAGACGUGUUCAGUAUAAUCAUCUCUAUUUUUGGUACCAGAAAUUUGGAAACAUGUCGAGUACAAAAUCGUGAUCGUAGUACGCUCAGAAACUGGGGAAUAUGUAUUUUUUUAUUUAUCUUUAUGUAAACAUCGUCCUUCUUAUCGGUAUGCGCCUCCCAACGUUUUUUACCAAUAAGCCAAAUUCAGCGAGAAGAUUUAAAUAUAUCACGAAAUUAAAACCCUGUUGCAGACCAUGGCGACGGAUGUUAACGAUCAACUGGGUAGAAUUCAUGACCAUAACGUUACUUUGAUUUUCCAUAGAUUUAAUUUAAAAUGUAAUGGCUGUCUAGACAAUAAUUACAUAAAUGUAAUUACGUUGCUUAAGAACGUGGCAAUUGAAGCCAUAAUUGUUUAGUGGUAGAGUUUCUGUUGGGAGGUGUUAAAAAUGGGUUCAUCCGUUUUUAUCGGUAAGAGGGCGUGAUUUUAAAUAAACAUACUCUUAUGGGAUUAACUUUAUGAUGCGUAUUUAAUUUAAAUUGAUGAUUAACCUUAUAUCUUGAAACUAUCCGCCCUUGCAGUUAACUAAUGUUGGAAUAAUUUUGCUCAUUAUAUUAUGAAUUAGAGUUUAAUGUCCCUUUUAUUGCAAUCAAUAAGAUAAGAUCCCCAGAUUGAUCAAAAUGAUUAAUAUUUAUUACUAGCCGAGCAUUGAAGAAACGAAUUUUAAAUGGCUAGCUUUGAGUGUUCAGUGGAUAUUAGUUUUUAAAACACAAUGUAAAGCCAAAACGUUUAUUAAACACAGUGUUUCAAAAGGUAUAUUAAAAUAUAAUUAAAUAUGAAGAUCGCGAAUAUAAUAUAUUGUUAAUGGUAACUAAUACAUAUUUGUACAGACUUUUAUAAUACAUUUUGAGAACUUGGUCACUUUAUUUUGUGGCCUGUUAUGAGUAGAACGGGAAUAAUGUACGAGUGAGAGGAGAAGAGAAACGCCAUUUUGAAAUCAUUUCUUUAAUGCCUGGCUAAAGUUAGAAAUACAAAGCGACUGAUGCAUAAAUUAAACAAAAAUAUAAUGGAAUUCUAAAUGUUAGAUGUUAUAUAUUUGUGAAAAUAUGAAAAAUUGUCUAAACCUAAAUGUAAUUAACAAAGAAAAAUCAACAAAAAAAUCUUAUGUUUGUGUAGAUGAAUGUAGUACCUCUAUACCUAUACUUUCGAUACUUUGACAAAACCAUCCUUUCAUUUAUUUAUACAUCACCUAGGUUCUAUAUGGAAAAAAAAAUAUUCGUUAUUUCUAUGUAUACGUAUAUUUACGUGGAAUUCGACAGAAAAAAAAUCUACUGCUUGUGGCAAUUACGAAUUGUAAUUUUCUUAUAGAACCCAGUGUAAAAUUAGAUUUUAUACUAAUAACCAAUAAGUAAAGCUUUAAAAUCUAUUAUACCUGUGUGCCUACUAUGUAAACAAUCGUGGUUUUUAGCGCCUGACACCAAGAACGUGCGUCGUAAUAGCAACAUGCAAUGAAAUUCAUGCAGGCGCUUUCGUCCCUGAUAGUGUCAUUUUUACGCCCUCUUCCUUGUUUUAAAACUGCUUUUUCUAUCAUCAAAUUUGUAUACUGGCAAUAAAUGUCUUAGUGUUCCAGAACCGCAUAUAUAAAAUUAAAAGUUA